AUGGAUGAUAAAAACCCAUUCAUUGAAAAACAAAGGCAAAGAACCUCUCAAUUGAUUCUCCCAUUAGCUGUACUGAAGUCUAUGGCAUGUAAUACACAAUUGGAUCAAUUGAGUGGUAAAAACGGAUUCAUAUCUCUUGUGGUCUAUAACUGUGAGUACAAAGACUGCGGGAAAGGGUUUUCCAGUGAAGAGUCGUUGGAUAUCCACUCGAAGGCACAUUCCUCUGAAGCGGACACAAGACUAACAUUUAAUACAUCAGACACUAAUCAAGAGUUAUUCACAGAACACGUGAAACUGUUCCACAAGAAGACGAAUGUCACCAAAAGGGACUCAAAGAGUACUACAAAUAGAGACACAGACAGUGACACGGAUUCAAACAGUGAACCAUCCAUAUUCGACAGUAAGACCAGUCUUAAGGAUCAUAUGGUGAGCGACCACUCAAUGGUGCCCUUUGAGUGUGAAUACGAUUCAUGCGAUCAGAUGUUUACCACUGAAGAGGAUCUCAGGGAACACGUGAGUGAAAGGCAUACGAAGCGAACCAAUUGCCAGAAGUUCUUUCGAUCGGGUUUUGAACUCAAUUGCCACCGGAGUCUACAAACGGGUCGUAAACAAUUGAAAUGUGAGGUCAAAGGUUGCGAUUAUAAGUGUAAUAAUAGGAACGAAUUGGAGGCACAUGUGAACAAACAUAAGGGUCUUAAGCCAUACAAGUGUCACAUCGAGGGCUGUGGCAAACAAUUCCCUAUCAGACAUGCACUCCAAAAGCACAUCCGUUUAGUGCACAGUUUGGUCCGGAAUUAUGUUUGCGAUCACGAGAACUGCAACAAAGCCUUCAAAACUGGUUACUCAUUAAGGAUUCAUCAGAAAGAGAAGCACUACAAAGAGGGACAGGUAUACAAAUGCCCGGAACCGGGUUGUGACCGCGUGUUCAAUAGGGGCAGUGCGUUGGCGUCACACGAGUCCGUACACAAGGAGGCGUCCCUACGGUGCGAAUACCCCGGCUGUGAGUACUCUGCGAAGGAGGUGUGGACACUACGCAAACACGAGAAAACACACACCACUGAGAAGCUGUUCCCCUGCGAGUGGCCCGGCUGUGAGUACUCGGCGAAGAAGGUAUACAUAUUGCGCAGACAUCAGAGAACACACAACCCGGAGAAGCCGUUCCCCUGCGAGUGGCCCGGCUGUGAGUUCCGCACCAAAUGGGCGUUCCUGUUGAAACCCCACGCACUGACCCACACCACCGCUGGUCAGACCAAUCACGUGUGUCCGAAGUGUGGCAAAGGGUUUCAAACGCCGCUCCUUUUGAAGACACAUAUGAAGAUCCACAGCGAGAACCGCAAGUCCUAUGUGUGUCCUCACGAGGAAUGCGGUGGUAAGCGGUUUGUCGAACACAAGAGUCUGAAGAAUCACUUGACAAUCAAACACUCGACGAAUAAGCCGUACGUUUGUGUCCAUAAGGACUGCAGCGAAGCCUUCGCCACAUUUGGGCGCCUGUUAUGGCACCGGAGGUCUCACCCGUUGGAUGCGAUGGUUAAGUGUCCGGUCCAGGGAUGCGACAAAGAGUUUGAUAACAUGAAUACAUAUAACUCUCACAGACAUACUGUCCAUAAUAGUCGGGUGUAUACAUGCGAUUGGCCGGAGUGUGACUAUCGGUGCAAAUCAAGCGGUGGUUAUAAAAAGCAUUUGAAACAACACACGGGUUGA